ACAGAUAGCGCUGUUAACGCUGGUACCAAUUUUUAACAGGCAAGUGACGGGAUUCCUGGCCCAGGUGGGAUGAGAUGAAUAAGGCUGAGAAGAUGAUUGCUAAUUAAUGAAGAGAGGAGACAGGCUUGCACAUUCGUACAUUCAUAAAGUACCGGCACGUCUUCAAGAUGAGUACCGUCGAGUAUGGUUUUCCAAUGAUAGGCGGAUUGAUGCCGCAAAUACAGGCUCUCAUAGCACCGCCAGUGUCCGAGGACUCCAAGGCGAAAGCGAGGAAGGAGAAAGAGGAAAAGAAGCAUCCGUACUUUAAGAGACGAGGCCGUGGUCACAAUCGCGACUUCUGCGACGCCUGCAAAGAUGGUGGCGAACUCAUAUGCUGCGACAAGUGCCCAGCUUCUUACCACUUACAGUGCCACUAUCCCGCGGUGGAUCCUACGGACAUUCCCAAUGGAGAAUGGUUGUGCUAUGCCUGUCGUUGUGCCUCGAAGAGGGAGCUUCUGGACAACAAAGGGAAUGAGAAGAAGAAGAAAUCCGCUCUGGAGAUAUUGGCACUGGCGGCUUCCUUGAUAAAUCCAAGGGAGUUUGAGCUGCCCAAAGAGUUGCAAUUGCCCAUAAUGUUUCCUGGAAGCAACAAAGUGGAUUACGUGUCUGGCAGAAGGGGUAAACAACUGAGCUCCUCCUACAAUAAUUUUGGAAAAAGUCAUUGCUUGGAUAGUAAUUUACUAGUCCCACUGCCGGCUCGUCUGUGUUACGAGUGUGGACGAAGUUGCAGGAAGGCACCGUUAAUCGCGUGCGAUUACUGCCCGCUAUACUUCCAUCAGGACUGCCUGGAUCCUCCACUAACCGCUUUCCCUAUCGGCAGGUGGAUGUGCCCGAAUCAUCCGAAUCACUUCAUAGAUCAGAAUCUGCUGACCUCUUGCAGAGUAACGGAGCGCAUAAAGCUCUGGGACAGGUACGCGAAUCAACGAAUAGACCAGCACACGGUGAAACUGGACUUCCUGCGUAAAGCACGUACUGCCAAUCCGCUGUUCCGUACGAAGGUGAGACUGGAAGGCCGCCCGAGAAUAAAAGUUCCUUACAGCAUAAAGUACCAGUACGAGAACCCACCGGAACUAGAUCCCGUACGCUUCUAUCAAGAUAGCCUUGUGUGGCCUGUAAAAAAUACCGCGAACGAAGAUAAGCAGCGUGCGAAUGUUGAAAAAACGGGCGAUAGUAAAGACAAUUGCAUAGGAAAUAAGGAAGUUGAGGGGACUAAUGAAGUAAGGAGGAAAGGGGAGGAAUGUAAUGCAGCUGUAGAUGAAAAACGCGAUCAGCAGAAAACUGCGGACGUGAAUGAAUGCACGAGCAAAACGAAGGGUCGUGAAACCGCGACGGACAGCUCGAAGGAACGCAGCAAUCUAGAAUUUCACGCGAGAUACCGCGGUUGCACUAUUAAAGAAGGUAUCCAAUUGUUGGAGAGGCCGGUACUGGAGGCGCUCGCGCAACAGAGAUUGGAGCAGAUAUUAAAUCCAGAUGGAGAGAAUUAUGAAACAAUAAAUUGUCGUAGAAGAGCUAGAGCUGCAUUAUUUUCUUUAAGUCCUAAGCCUAAUCAACCAGCUUUCAUGACUUGUAGGACCUUCGUUAUCGGCAACGGCCCGAACUGCGAUUUAGUUCUGUCCAAAUACGGCAGCUGCGGAUUCACAUCUUCCAAACAUGCGAUUAUAUUUUUCGACGAGGUGACAAAACGCUACGAGUUACUCAAUUAUAGCGAAUACGGGACAGUAGUAGACAGUGUACUGUAUUCCUGCGAUUAUACUCGCGUUUUAGACGAACAAGUAAAAGAGGAACAGACUGAUAAAACGAUGCACAUCACUAAGGAGGAAGAGACUUCAGAGAUAAUAAAAACUAUUCUGCACAAGGAGGAAACGGCUUGUGUGGAGGAAUACGCACACGACAGCGAGAAGAUGCAUUCGUGCAAAUGCAUCACCAAACGCGACCAAACGACAAUUUGCGGGCACUUGGAGGAAGGAUGGGAGGGAAGUGCGGUCAUCGAGCACGGUUCAGUUAUUACUUUUGGAUGUCUAAUGUUCGUAUUUCAUACAUUGAAUGUGUAUGUAGAAAGAUGAAAUAAUUGUAUUGUAAAUAUCUGAUAUUGUACAGUUUUGUAAAUCUCUCUCAGUAAGGAGUAUUAUAACUUAAAGAAUUCUUCUUUAAUUAAUUACUGGGAUUAUGCGGUAUAUUUUUGUUUUGUAUUCAUUAAUUAAAGAUGUAUGUGCCA